UUCAGGACUUGGCAGAGUCUCGUCAAUCCCGGCCAUGGAGAUUGCCAUAUCAGCAGUUGCAAGUGAACUUGUGAGCCGGUUCAUCUCCUUCCUGAUGAACAAGUGCCACUCAAGCCAUGCGCAGUCAGAGGAAAAGAAGGUGGAAAGGUUGCAGCAUCUCCUAAUGAGAGCUUGUACAAUCGUCGAGGAGGCGGACACUCGAUACAUAACAAACUCCGGGAUGAUGAUGCAGCUCAAGAUGCUCUCGGAGGCCAUGUACCGAGGUCACAGCCUCCUCGAUGCCUCGAGGUACCGAGCCCUCCAAGACGGUGCGGGCUUCGACAAGGUUAGCAGCAAUGACUCAUCUAGCAACAGUUUGUAUUUAGUCAUUCCAGUCAAGCGUUCUCGAACAAUGGCAGAGAAAGGCAACAAGGCCAUGGGCCUCGACUCACAUGGUGCUUUGGAAAGCUUAGAAAUUGUUGUUGCAAACAUGUCAGAGUUUGUUGUGCUUUUGGGUGGAUGUGAGCGCAUGUCGCGUAGGCCAUAUGAUGUUUAUCUUUACACCGACAACUUCAUGUUUAGUCGACACGCUGAAAAGCAAAAGCUUUUGAGCUUUUUGUUGGAGCACAACGAUCCUUCAGGUGAUCAUGCAUUAGCCAUUCUUCCGCUCAUAGGUGGUGUCGCAGUUGGGAAGAAAACUUUGGUUGCUCAUGUGUGUGGCGAUGACAGGGUCCGUUCACGCUUCUCCUCUAUUUUGCACUUGAAUGGAGACAACCUUUUGGGGAUACUUGGUGAUGGGAGGGCCAUGAUUGAGAUAAUGUUGGUAGUUAUUGAUUUCACUUCUGAUGUAGGUGAUGAUGACUGGAAAGUUUUUCACUCAUUUCUCAUAAGAAUGGGCAGAGGAAGCAAGGUCAUCAUUGUAAGUAAGCUUAAAAGAAUAGCCCGGUUUGGAACGGUGAAACCAAUUUUACUAAGUGGGCUAUCUCAUGAUGAGUUGACUUACCUUUUCAAGGCACUCGCCUUCGGAAGUAUAGAGCCAGCAGAACAUCCGCGGCUAGUACAAAUAGCAGAUGAAUUUGCCAUGGUGAUUCAUAGUUCGCAAGUUUCACUUGUGGCAACAAAUAUGUUCACGGAUGUGUUAAGAAGCAACCUCGACGUUCAGUUCUGGCGUUGUAUAUUGGACAAGGUGGCAAGAAUGGUUAAAAGAAACCGCUCCAUUUAUGGUUUGAACCCAACCAUGCGUAUAGAACAAGGCCAUCCAGUGGACAUAACAGACAUUGCUUUGCAUCCACUUAGCAUGAAACCUUAUAGUGAUAAUAUUUCAAUCAAGACGGAAUUGCCAAGUGUGACAUUUGGAGAACUUAUAACAGAUCCUACUGUUAGGCCCAAAGGAGACUUCACUCUAAUUGCAUGGGAAUCAAGGAUAGCCCCUCAUAAAUCAUUUCCUAAUUAUGUUACAAGUCAUGCUCAGGAUACACAUCAAAGUAGUGCCCUGCCAGGGAGGAAGCGACGAGGAGUGCCAAUCUAAUUUUAUUUCAGAACUUGUUAUGUAACUCUCGUUGUAAUAUUUUGAUACAUGACAAUUUAACUAAAUCUGUUACAGAUCUCAAGUGACA